GGAUCUCGCGAGACUCUCUCGCAGCCGGCUCGGAGGGAGCAGUAUGGCGGAGCCUACGGCGCUGCUCAAGCGGGGUCUCUCCCGCUCCACGUGGCGACGGGCCCGGAAGGCCCGGCCCCAACUCGUGCCCAGCCGCAGGCACCGCCGCCGGCUCAGGACCCUGCGCUGGAGCGGCCGGCGGCGCCUCCGGCGGCGGCUGCUGCAAGCCCAGGCGGCCGGCGCGGACUGGAGGGAGGCCGCCUGCCAGGUGUCUCGCUUAGCGGCGUCUGGGAGGUCUAAGACUGCGGCGCCCAGCCCGGCCUUCAGUGCAACUCCGACACCCACCCCUUCUCCAGCCGCUUACCCCUCCAGGCCUAGCUCUGCGCUUCUCCCCAUCCCGCCGGUGCGGCCGGUGGGUACUGGCCGCGUGUUGUUGUUGCUGCCGGCCCAGCAGGGUUUUACUUUUAGUGGGAUCUGCCGUGUGACUUGCCUCUACGGCCAGGUGCAAGUGUUUGGUUUUAACAUCAGCCAAGGCCAGCCUGCCCGAGAAGUCUUCUCUACCUAUACCCACACUCGCCUUGCUAUCAAUGCAGUUCAUUACUCAAUGCCUGAGAAAAGCAAGAAGGAGAUCAGAAGGGAAGCCCGGACUUUGCUCAGAUCUCAUCUUAACCUGGAUGACAGAUGCUGGGCGAUGCAGAAUUUUUCUCCCCUGUGUUCCAUUGUGUUGCUGGAACAUUUGGAAACCUCCACUGUAAAGUUCCUGACCAGCCAUCCAGGUGUAUCCUACAUUUUUAUGCAAGAGAGUUCAGCUUUCCGGAUUACUCCUGAAUAUUUUACCUUGAGGUCUAUUGGCAUCAAAAAAGAGAAGAAAAAAAAAGGUCUUCAUUUAUCUGAGAGUGCCCUUUCCACACUGGAAGAGUUGGUCAAUGUUUCUUGUGAAGAAGUAGAUGGCUGCCCUAUCAUUCUAGUUUGUGGAUCUCAGGACGUUGGGAAGUCAACAUUUAACAGAUACCUGAUUAACCAGUUGUUAAAUAGUAUUUCUUGCGUUGACUAUUUGGAAUGUGAUCUGGGACAGACAGAAUUUACUCCUCCUGGUUGCAUUUCUUUACUUAAUGUUACAGAGCCAAUUCUCGGACCACCUUUUACUCACCAGAGGACACCACAGAAGAUGGUGUAUUAUGGGAAGACUUCCUGUAAAAACAACUAUGAGGAUUAUAUCGAGAUAAUAAAAUAUGUCUUCAGCUCAUACAAGAGAGAGUCUCCUCUCAUUAUCAACACUAUGGGCUGGGUGUCAGACGAAGGGCUUUUGCUUCUCAUUGACCUGAUCCGGUUGCUGUCUCCCAGCCAUGUUGUUCAGUUCAGUUCUUCCCACAGCAAAUACAUGCCAAAUCUCACCCCGGGCUAUGUAGAAGACAGGGAUGGCUUGUACACAAAAAGCAAGUCCAAGAUAAGAAAUCGAGGUUUCAAACUUGCAGAAUUUGCAGAGAAUUUGGAAUUUGCUGAUGAAGAAAAAGAGAGCCCAGUUGAAUUUAUUGGACAUAAACUAAUGUGCGUUCGUUUAGAGUUUGCAUUCAGAAUAACUCCAAGAAAUAGAGAAUUACAUAACAAAAUGCUUCGAGACCUGGCAGUGUUAGGUUACCUUGGCCAGCUGCAGCCCCCAGUGCCAAAACCACUCAGUCCUUUACAUGGUCUGACGCCCUAUCAGGUUCCCUUCAAUGCUGUCGCGCUGCGAGUUACCCAUUCUGAUGUCGCCCCUACCCACAUACUGUACGCUGUGAAUGCCAGCUGGGUCGGUCUUUGCAAGAUCCUGGAUGACGUCAGAGGAUACGUGAAUGGGCCCGUCCUGCUUGCCCAGACUCCAAUCUGUGAUUGUUUAGGGUUUGGCAUCUGCAGGGGCAUCGACAUGGAUAAGCGGCUCUACCACAUCCUCACCCCAGUGCCCCCGGAGGAGCUGAGAACCGUGAAUUGCCUGCUUGUUGGAGCUGUUUCCGUUCCACACUGUGUCUUUAAGAACCAGCAGAGGCUUGAAGGGACAAUACCUUAUGUCACAACCGAUUACAAUUUUAAACUUCCUGGAGCAUCAGAGAAAAUUGGAGCAAGAGAACCUGAGGAAAGACAUAGGGAAAGACAACAGCCGAGAUAUAAGUCGUACCGGAAAUAAAAGGAUACUGUGGA